GCAGUUCUAUGUCUACUCAAAGGCACCAUUUAGAGACCUUUAGAUAGUUCGAAAUUCAAAACUUAUCUCUUCCCGGUUGUAUGAUUGGUGCCACGUGGAUGCACAUCUCGUUCACGGCCAUCUGCUGCAGUGCGCGAACUCAGCCUCGCCUGUCACUUCACCCUCGUGCGCUAAGUAUCUCUUGAAUACCACUUCGCGCACUUCGCGCACUUCGCCCACAAGUUCACGGUUAUCUACAGGAUCAACAAAUACCAUUAUUCAUUAUCAUGUCCAUGAAGAGACUUAUCCAUGACAAACUUCGCAUAUCUUCAAUACGUUCCCAGCGCGGCUCAGUAACUGAUGGCGAGACACAGGCUGGACCGCACUACGACCGAGUGAGACCGCAAGGGAUAUCUGUGCUUGUUUCUGCUACAUCUCGUAUACUCACGCCCAUAAUAACGACACCUGAAGCAAGCAAAGAUGACCUUUGGAUGAAGGCGCUACGAAUCCUUUCUGCAAGGGAUAAAGGCAAUGGAGAUGUUCUGAAGAAAAUUCUUUCAGAGACCAGCCGUUUCGAUGGAUUUACAGAUAUUCUCAUCAGAGAGGUCCGGGCCAAGAGAGAUAUCUGCAAAAGAAAGAAAUGGACUUUCGAGUUCAAUGGUCGCACCAUAAGUCUGGGAGAACAAGCAGAAAAGGUAAUUCAAUGGCUAGAUAAAAUCAAAGCCGUUGGUGAUGUUACGGUCAAUGUCGACCCUAUACACGCAGGACUUCCAUGGGCCGGAAUCAGGAUGCUACUUAUAGCAGUGACUUCCGAGUCCCAUAUGAUGGGGACUCUCCUGGUUGGCCUCGACAAGGUUCUGUACCUGAUCGAUCGGUGCAAAGUAUACGAAUUACUCUAUCCGCAUAAUUCUCUCAUAGAGGAUAGUUAUCAAAAUUUUGAAUCCGCACUAGUUGGUCUAUAUGUCGUCAUUCUUGACUUCUUGGCCGUGGCAGUUCAAACUUCCAAGAACAAUGCCAUCAAGAGGACCCUUACAGCAUUCUGGUCAUUGGACUGUAUCAAUAAAUAUGAUACUCGCUUUCAGGAACUUAUGACGCGCGUUGAAAUCGAAGCUCAUAACUGUGACCGUCUUUACAGCCGACACGAGCGACUCGUCUCUCAACAGCAGACGAGAGAUUUGAAGCGUAUACUUAGGGAUCUUGAACAGUUGAAUUCCACCCAAGGCCAAAUUGAAAUUGUCAAAGAUAGGAUUUCUGGCAUCUGGGAAUUCCUGGAUGGCGAAAAGAGGCACGAAAUGCUCUUAUGGAUAUCAGUAAUUCCAUUUGAAGACCAUCACAGGAUGGCAAAGGAAGGACGGACAGAGGAUACUGGGACAUGGCUUUUGCGCCACGAUCAGUAUGUAGAAUGGCAAUCGUCUCAACAGUCUACGAUAUUAUGGUUACAUGGAAUCCCGGGAGCUGGAAAGACGAAGCUUGUUUCCCAAGUUAUUGACAAUCUCCAGCAUGACUUAUGUGAAGGGGCUUUGGUCUACUUUUACUGCAACCGCAACGAGGAAUCUCGCCGAAAACCAGAGCAGAUAUUGCGCAGCUUUAUCAAACAACUUUCAAUAUCGAACGAUAAAAAGGCUAUUCACCAAGCAUUUAUCAAUUCUUACGACAAAAGGUGGCAGACUGGAUUUUCCUCGAGAGAUCCAAGUCUGGACGAAUGUGAGAAACUCAUUACCGAUCUUGCAUCGACAUAUCCAAAGGUGACAUUUGUCCUGGAUGCUCUAGAUGAGACCGAGACACGCUCUCGGAAGAGGCUUUUUGAUUUUUUCAAUUACCUUAUCGAACAUGUCAUCAACGCGAAGAUAUUCAUAUCCAGCCGACGUGACGGAGACAUCAAGCGCCAACUCGAAAGAAAAGCAAAUAUUAGUAUCGAAGCAACGGACAAUCAUGAUGACAUAGCGAAGUUUGUCGCGGAGAGAAUUUCAGAAAACGAAAAGGAUCGACAAUAUCCUAUUUCCGAAAGUUUGAAAUCCGAGAUCAUCGAUACACUACUUCACAAGAGCCACGGAAUGUUCCAGUGGGCGGCCUUACAAGUCGACCAAGUACUAUCGUUAGACGUGGAACAAGAUAUAUGCGAUCGUUUAGGAAAGCUGCCCACCGAUCUAAAAUCAACCUACGAUGAGAUAUAUGAAUCGAUACAGACAAAGGGCUCAAAAGGGAGCGAAGCUAAAGUCGCUACUCGCGCCUUUCAAUGGGUUAUGGGUGCUCAAACUCCUCUAUCCGCGAACGCACUACUUGCUGCUGUGUGGCAGGAACCUGGCAACAAUAGAGUUAGCAAGCCUCAGCUUGACAUUCAGUUUGUUCUGAAUGCUUGCCAUAAUCUUUUAGUCAUAGAUCCUGUGACAAGGAGAUGUUACUUUGCCCAUUUAUCUAUACGGGAAUAUUUCGAAGAAAAUCAUCCACUUAUUGGGCAACCCCAUAUUGUACUGACCAAAGUUUGCUUAUUGUUACUCAUUGAUGACAAUGUGAAAGCCGAGGAAUGGCCAGAACCCCCGCUUAGCUCCAGCGGCACUAUUUAUAAGCUUACUGAGUAUGCCGCGAUCUACUGGAUAGAACAUUUAAGAAGAUGUGACAGCAUCUGCAGUGACGGCGAACUGUCUUGGCUUACAAGUCAAUUCUUUGGUUCUGUCACAAGAAGCAGUUCGGCUUAUAUCCACUGGUUUGAAUAUUGGGCCGUGGACGAAGGACUUUUUACAUGGGAUAUAAUCAACCAGCUGCAACCGAUCUCCAACCCUUUGCUAGCAAUAUGCAGAUUUGGCCUCUGUAAUGUUCUACAAUGGUUGUGGGAGUCGGACUGUGAUCCAAAUCAAGUCAAUGUCAAUGGGGAAUCACUGCUUCUACUGACAACCCUCGGUUCAGACCUCGAACUGGUUCAAAUGUUGCUGGGUCUGGGAGCAGAUGCUAAUAGGCAAUCGGCUCGCGGAGAUUAUGGCACCGCCCUCGCAGCGGCAGCAUCGACGGGAUCUCUGGAGAUGGUCCAGUUACUAUUAGAUGCAGGGUCGAACGUGAAUCAGGUAUUACCGUCUGCACGCUAUGGCAGUGCCCUAGCAGCAGCAGCAUCAUCGUCUCCGGGAUCUGUAAAGAUGGUCCAGCUGCUAUUAGAUGCAGGAGCCGAUGUGAACCAGAAGUUGUCUUGCGGUGCCUUUGAGAGCGACCUUGCAGCAGCAGCACAUGCAGGAAGCAUGGAAAUUGUCCAGCUACUGUUAGAUGCAGGUGCCGACGUCAACCAAGUGCUCUCUUCCGGAGAUCACGGCAACGCCCUAGCAGUAGCAUUAUAUAUGGGACGUGUGGAGAUGGUCCGACUGCUAUUAGAUGCAGGGUCGGACAUGCAUCAGGUAUUACCCUAUGCACGCUAUGGAAGUGCCCUAGCAGCAGCAGCAUAUUCGGGGCCUGUGGAGAUAGUUCAGCUUCUAUUAGACGCAGGAGCCGAUGUGAAUCAGAAGUUAUCAUGUGGGUACUAUGGCAGCGCCUUGGCUGCAGCAGCAUACGGGGGAUCUGUUGAGACGGUUGAGCUGCUGUUAGAUGCAGGGUCAGACGUGAAUCAAGUCAUACCCUAUGGACGCUAUGGAAGUGCCCUAGCAGCAGCAGCAUAUACGGGGACCACGGGUAUCGUCCAGCUGUUAUUAGACGCAGGUGCCGAUGUGAACCAGAAGUUAUCAUGUGGGUAUUAUGGCAGCGCCCUGGCCGCAGCAGCAUACGGGGGAUCCGUAGAAACGGUCCAGCUAUUGUUAGACGUGGGCGCCGAUGUGAAUCAGGAGCUAUCGUGUGGACAUUAUGGCAUGGCUGUGGUAGCAGCAAUAGAUGGCUGGGAUGGAGAUAUGGCUGUAGUAGAAACAUUGUUGGAUGCAGGAGCAGACAUCAGUCGACUACAUACCCACUUGGAGCGGACGCUGGUACUGCGCUCACAGCAGCCUUGCGAAAUAAGAGCCAAGAAAGGUGAUGCAGUUAAGGCUCAAUGGCCUUUGGUAUAAAAGUUAGCCCUGAUGUUAUUGAGAAGUCGCUUCGUUACUUAUAGUGACAUUAUUUGGCACAAGUGAUACAUAAUUAGCUAUAGACGUAACCAGAAGGUUUACUGUUGAAGGGCAAAUAUUAUGAAUUUCGGG